AUGGCGACCCCUCCGCAGAUGCGAAAGCCUGCCAUCACAGCCGGCGGUGCCUUUGGCAGCCUCAUCUCGCCGGAGGAAAAACACCGCCGGGCGCGCGAGUCUCUGAAGAAUAUUCGCAAGGAAGCCACUUACACACCCCGUCUUUUGGCCGCCGUAACGGACCGUAUCACCACCAACUCGUUCCGCCGACUGCUCUCCGACAAUGCCAUCUACACCCGCAUUGCCAACGCUCUCAGGGACGAGAACAUACCGGAGACAGACCGGCAUCCUAGCAUCGUCGACUUCCUCGCCCUCGAGGCCAUCGUCCCGGUGAACUACAGUGGCUCGUACAACCGGCCGCUCAACUCGCUCUAUGAGCGCUGUAAUACCUUGUCGUGGGUCGAGGGCCAGCUGCUGGUCGAGAACCACGAGUACUUUGCGCACGAGCUUGCCGUCGCUAGGGGGCGUGUGGUUUCCCUGGACGCCAUCACGCGUGACCUCAGUGAGGACGUCGUAACGGACAUCAACACCAACUACUGGCGCCAGGAAAAGAACCACCACGCCCUCGUCGCCGCCUGCUUCUCCAAGAUGGAGAAGCAAGAGGAGCUCACGGCUCGAGAGGUCGUCGGCGUUGUGGCCAUCUUUCAUGGCCAAUACCCGGCUCCACUGGUCAAACAUCUCAUCUACCGCCAGAAUUCGGCCUAUCUCAAGUUUGGCAAUCUCGAUGACGCUGCACAUGCCUUCGAGCAUGAUCCUGCAUAUGGCGAGGAUUGCCGGAAGGCACAGGAAUCCGCCCAUCUUCUCCCUGCGGCUAAUUCCCAUGCGAGAGAAUACGCGGAAGGUAACGACGCGGUCCAGGCUUCCGCUUGGAGGCAGAAAGCCCACGAAUUGGCCGUCGAGCACAGUAAGGCAUCGCAGCUCCUCCGCAUCGUCCGCACCGGUCGGAUAAAGAAGAGAGAAGCCCAGCUACGACGUCCC